CGUCUCCAUCUCCCCUUACAGUUCCACUUCCCCUCUCUCUUACGCUAUUUUUCUUUCACUUUCUUUGCGCGAUUCUCUCUCACUUUCUCACCAGCCAAGCAGAGAAGAGACCGGACAAUAUGGUUAGGAAAGACAUGUACAUUACGGUUCCGACCUUCUUCAGGUGCCCAAUCUCCUUAGACGUGAUGAAAUCUCCUGUGAGCUUGUCCACCGGUGUUACCUAUGACCGUGCCUGUAUUCAGCGGUGGCUUGACGGCGGCAACAACACUUGUCCGGCCACCAUGCAGGUCCUUGACAGUAAAGAGUUUGUACCUAAUCGUACCUUGCAGAGACUGAUUAAGAUUUGGUCUGACUCGCUCAGUGAAAGAGUCGACUCGCUUGACUCUGUGCCAGUUCCCUCGACGGAACAAAUCAGAGACAUAAUCAGGGCCAUGGAAACAGAUAAAGGAGAUCAAAUCAGCGAGUAUUUAUCGAGAAUCGUUCGUUUUGCUAGGGAAUCGGACGGGAACCGGAGUUUUCUAGCAACAACGGCAGGAUUUGAAGCCAUGGUUGUUGAUCUUUUAAGCAGAAAUGCCGAUGAUUCGACGAUUAAAAAUGUUAACACUCUUGAACAAGCUGUUAGGGUUUUGGAAUUGACAAUCGACAAAUUUGGCGACAAUAAAGAAUUAACGCGACUGAUCUUAAAGAGCGACCGCGAUCGAUUGGCUUCACUGGUCCUUGUAUUGCAACAAGGAAGCACGGAUUCACGAAUCGCAUCGCUAAAGAUUUUAGAAUCCGUGGCCGUCGACGUGGAAUCGAAGAUGCUGAUCGCGGAUCGAGACGGAGUUUUGACGGUCCUGUUGAAACUUAUCAGUUCAGAGACGGAUCCAGGCUUGAUCGAGGCGAGCUUAUCGUGCCUAACAGCAAUUUCAAUGCCGAGACGCGUCAGGUUAAAAUUACUGAAACUCGGAUUGAUAGGGGAACUGAAAAAUCUGUUAGCGGCACCGAAUUCCAGUGUCUCGAUAACCGAGAAGUCGUUGAAACUGUUAGAGAUGAUGUCAGCGUGUAAAGAAGGGCGGAUGGAGAUAUCAGGGGACGCGUCCCUGAUAAAAUUGAUUGUACAGAAGUUGUUGAAGGCGUCACGAGUUGCGACGGAGCAUGCCGUGACGAUAUUAUGGAGCGUCUGCUAUCUUUUCGGUGAGCAGGCGGCGCGUGAGGCGGUGGCGAAGAGUAAUGGAAUGACGAAGGUGUUGCUUCUGAUGCAGAGCGAUUGCUCCCCUGCAGUGAGGCAAAUGUCUGCCGAUUUGUUGAAGAUAUUUCGUGUCAAUUCUAAGUCCUGCCUGUCCAGUUACGACACUAAAACUACUCAUAUCAUGCCGUUUUGACAAAAAAAAAAGUAGUUAUCUUGUUGCCUUGGUUGGUUCUUUUUGUUGUUAAUUUUGUUCGAUCCAUGUUUCUCUCUAUUUGAAGACAUGGAGAGAAAUGAAAUGUAAAUGAAAAGCAAAAUUUUGUUAGCAAAUACACAACAACAAAAGGAGAAUUCUUUUCAUUUUAAUCACAGUUCAGUGUUUGAA